AUGUCGAUUCUGCACACGUCCGUCGUGGCCUCGCGGUCGCGCGCCGCGGCGCUGUCCUGCGUCGUCGGCGCUCCGACCAUCCUCGCCGUCGCGCACCUCGACCGCAACCAGAUCGGCCUGUACAACGAGGAGGGCGAGCCGUACAUCCCGGGCAAGGAGUGCCCCAUCUCGAACACCGUGGGCAAGCCCGCUGCACAGCUGGCGUGGAACCCCAAGCAGCAGGUCCUGGCGAUCGCCUGGUGCGGCGGCGGCAUCGCGCUCUGGUCCGACGACAGCCGUAAGCUCAAGGAGGACCGCACGGUCCACAGGGAGACGCACAAGGAGGAGGUGACGGUGAUGCGGUGGUCGGACGACGGGGAGCGGCUGGUGACGGGCGACGUGAAGGGCAAGGUGGUGGUGUGGGAGGUGACGUCGAAGCAGGAGCCGCGGGUGCUGCAGGUGUACGAGGAGGGCGGGUCGCGGAUCGACCUGAUCCGCGUCGGGGACGUCGCGCAGUCCCCCGUCGACAUCAUCGCGACCGCGGGGGACCCCGAGGGCGCGCAGCCGAGCCUCCUGUUCUUCUACUCGGCGCAGUGGCCCGACGGGACGUGCACGCUGGUGGUGUGCAACGACGCCGGCAACCGCGUCGGCCUCCUCCGCCACGAGAGCCGCAUCCUGCGCGUGUCGUUCCGCCCCGGGGCCGGCCACAUCUGCCUCGUCGACGCCACGGGGAGGCUCACGCGCUGGAAGCCCGAGGCCGCGGGGUGGACGCCCGUGUCGCCGAUCCGCCUCCCGGGCGCGCCGGCGGACACGAACGCGCGCUUCAUCACGGCGUGGGCGGGCGAGGACCUCGUCGUGUCGACCAGCACCGCGCAGACCAGCGUCCGCAUGUACAACGUGGCCACGCACGACAACUUCGUGCUGCCGAUGCCGCACCUGGGCGCGCCGGGCGGCAGCGGGGACCCGCCCUUCACGUGCCUCGACUACCUCCCGCGCGCCCGCGCCGUCGCGGCCGCGACCAAGUCCGGCCACGUGCUGGUGUGGGCCCGGCGGCCGGCGGCGGCGGCGGCGGGGCGGGACGGCAAGGGCGGGAAGAAGGGCGCGGCGGUGAAGGGACCGGCGGGCGCGGCGCCGCAGCAGGAACACGCGUGGGAGCUGCUCAACGUGCACCUCGUCAAGACCGCUGGGCAGGAGAUCAAGGCGCUGGACUUCGGCGCGGGCGUCGAGCUGAUGGCCGCGGUGACGGCGAGCGGCGUGCACGUGCUGCGGGAGGAGCGCGCGCAGUGCCGCCUGCGCGACGGCGUGGUGGCGGUGCAGACCGACGCGACGCACGUGGUGAUCGACGCCGUCGACGGCGGGUACGCGAUGUCCGUGGACGUCGGCAUGGCCGUGCAGGGCGUCGACGUCACGCAGCAGCACCUCCUGGUGUGGAGCAAGAAGGCCGCCAUCAUCUACCAGCUCACGGGGCAGGGCCCGCAGCUCAUCGGGCAGCUCCCGAGCAACUCGACGUCGAUGACGCUGAACCGCGACACGCUGUACCGCGUCGGGGACCACCGCGUGGAGGCGUGCGCCCUCGACGGCACCGUGCGGCAGACGCUGGCGUUCGACGAGCCGCACGGGCCGCCGUCGGUGCUGUCCGUGGGCGGCGAGUCGAAGCAGGCGAUGCUGGCGGUCGUGACGCGCCUGGGGUACCUGUCGAUGUGGCGCGUGGGCGGGCGGGAGGCGCGCGAGGAGCUCAAGCCCCCGCGGCGGCUGGUGCACGACGGGGCGCGGCUGGGGCCGUGCGUGUCGGUGCGGAUGAACUGCAAGGGCACGCUCGCGUCGCUGCUCGUGCGCAGCGCCGAGACGGGCCACCCCGAGCCCAGGCUGUACGUGUACGACGUCGAGGUCGACCACGUGCAGUGCUUCGACUUCGGGGCCAAGGGGCGGAUGCCCGUGUCGCACACGUGGGACCUGCACGAGGACAAGCUCGUCGCGUGCGAGACGGUCCCGUGGUCGGCGGGGCAGAGCGGGCCCGUGGGCGCCGAGGGGGACGCCGCCGAGCACGUGGGCGACACGGAGGUCGCGACGCUGUUCGUGUCGGCGGACGCGGGGAUCGUGCUGCAGGACGCGAUGAAGAUCGAGCAGAACUCGCUGCUCGUCGGCGUCGCCGCGCCCAAGCUGCACCUGCACGCCAAGAGCGCGCCGCCGCCGCGCGGGAGCCCCACCAGGGGCCCCGCGGGCCAGAGCGCGGACGGCAGCGAGGCGAACGGCACGGGCAAGCUGGUGCGGACGUCGUCGUCGAUGGCGAACGCGCCGCGCGGGGCGCCGACGUCCGAGUGCCGCAUGGUCGUGCAGCUGCUGCGGGACUUCCAGGCGCUGCAGAACAUCGACGAGGAGACGGCGCGCACGCUGAUCAAGUUCUCGUACUGCGUGGCCACGGGCGCGAUGGACGCGGCGUACCGCGAGGCCAAGAAGAUCCACGAUGCGUCGGUGUGGGAGUCCAUGGCGUACAUGUGCAUCCGGAACCGCCGGCUCGAGAUGGCCGAGCACUGCCUGGGCAACAUGGGCCACGCACAGGGCUCGCGCGCGCUCCGCGAGUCCGCGGUCAUCGGCGACACGGACGCGCGCGUCGCGGUGGUGGCCAUGCACCUGGGCCUGCUCGUGGACGCCGAGAACCUGCUCGAGUCGUCCAAGCAGUACAAGCAGCUCGCGGACCUCCUCCAGGCGAGCAACCAAUGGCCGCGCGCGCUCGAGGUGGCCGGGGCGCACGACGCCGUGCACCUGCGCGACACGUGGUUCCACUACGCGCGCGCGUGCGAGCGCCACGGGAAGAUCGAGGACGCGAUCGUGGCGUACGAGCGCGCGGGCGUGCACGCGGACCAGGUCCCGCGCAUGCUCCACGACCGCGGCCUCGAGACCCGCCUGGCGCAGUACUGCGAGGGCAGCAAGGACGUGGCGGUGACGCGGUGGUGGGCGCACCUGUGCGAGUCCCGCGGCGACCUCGUGCGCGCGAUCGCCGCGUACGAGGCCGCGGGCGACCACCUGUCGAUCGUCAAGCUGCGGUGCAUGCAGGGCGACCUCGACGGCGCGGAGGCCGAGGUGAACAACGCGAUGGACGCCGCGGCGGCGUUCCAGCUCGCGGUGCAGUACGAGGGCAUGAGCCACGACGACCCCGCGCUCGUGGGGAACGCGAUCAAGUACUUCGUCAAGGCCGGGAAGCCCGCGUACGCGGUGCGCCUGGCGCGCAAGUACGAGAUGGACCAGGAGCUCUUCCAGCUCGCGCUGGACGCGCCGCGGCCGGACAUGCUGGACGCGGCGGCGUACUUCGAGGAGAGGGGCGACCUGGACCGCGCGGUGACGCUGUUCCAGGCCGGCGGCGCGCAGGGCAAGGCGCUGGACCUGUGCUUCAAGCUCGGGCGGUACGACGCGCUGGAGCGGAUCGCGAACGAGCUUGACACGAGCGCGGAUCCGGGGCUCCUGCGGCGGUGCGCGCACUUCCUGCAGGAGCGCCAGCAGCCGGGCAAGGCGGCGCGGUUCAUGGCCAUGGCGCGCGACUACGAGGGUGCGCUGGCGGUGCUGGAGGCGGCGGACGACGCGGGCGUGCCGGUGGACAUGACGGAGGAGCUCGCGGACGCGAUGACGCCGGCGAAGGACGACGUCGCGGCGGCGGCGCGCGAGGCGAUCCUGCGGCGCGUGGCCAAGGUCUGCAAGGGGCAGGGCCUGUUCCACGUGGCGUGCAAGAAGUACACGCAGGCGGGGGACCGGAAGCGCGGGAUGAAGGCACUGCUCAUGUCGGCGGACGUGGAGAAGAUCAUGUUCUUCGCCAGCGUGUCCCGCGACAGGGACGUGUACCGCAUGGCCGCCAACUUCCUGCAGACGCAGGACUGGCGCAACAACGCGACGAUCACCAAGAACAUCAUCGCCUUCUACACCAAGGCCAAGGACAUGCGCGCGCUCGCCUCCUUCUACGAGUCCUGCGCGCAGAUAGAGAUCGACGAGUACCGCGACUACGCCAAGGCCCUCACCGCGAUGCGCGACGCGCUGCGGUGCCUGCAGCGCGCGCAGGGCGGCGACGGGGGCGGCCCGCCGACGAUGCGCGGCGACGACCUGGGCGUCUCCAUCGUGUCGCUGCAGGACCGCGCGUCCAUGGUGGAGCGCUACCUGCGCGCCCGCGCCACACUGUCGAGCGACGCGGGGCCCGACAACGGGGCCCCGGGGUCGCGCACGUCCGUGGACGACGCCGAGCGGAUAUGCCUCGGGCUGAUCAACGAGGCCCCCGACGAGGUGUCGCCCGACGAGGCGUCGAUCCGCGUCGGCGACGUGUUUGCGCUGCUGAUCGAGCACAAGUACCGGCAGGGGGACAUCGGGCAGUCGUACGCGCUGAUCGAGCGCAUGAAGGAGCGCGGACUCAUCCUGACGCCGUACAUGGACGCCGACCUCGUCGAGGAGAUCCAUGGCGCCGUGGGAGCUGCCGCCCAGAGCCAGGACUUCAGUGCGUCCGGCGGGUACGACUCGGGCGUCGUCGACGACAGCGACGUCGACAACAUCUCCCCGCAGCCGGCGGCGGCGCCCCGCGCGGGCAGCAACGCGUUCAGCCGCUACGACAGCGGGUUUGGUCAGACGGGCGGGGGCGACGACGACGGCAGCGUGGUGGAGGAGGAGGGCGACGAGGUGAUGGACGAGGAGGACGAGGUGCCGCUGGAGGAGGGGCGCGGGUGGGGCGGGCCGGCGGUGGCGCGGUCGCCGUCGCCCGUGGCCAUGGGGGGCACCUCGAGCCGGCGCAUGAUGACAGGGAGCCUGGCGGGCGGGGACGUGGACGAGGAGUCGGUCUCGGAGAUGGACGAGAGCGUGGAUGACGCGUAG